AUGGACGCGGCGUUCUCGGUAUUAAUUCCGGGAUGGCUUUCAUUCAUCCAACGGGCGCAAAAACGAAGAAAUGAGGGAAGGGAGAGCGGGGAACGUAACGCAGAAGGAGAACUCGCAGCUGAUAUCAAGCAGGAGCAUGACAGCGCUGACGAAAGAACCAUCUUGAGUGGUAUGCGUCAAAAGAAUUGUGAUCAUGGUCUAGGUGCAGCCGCUCAAGGUUUACUGGGAAUGAUCGAUUUCUGUGACAGCCAGGAGGCGGAUGUAUUGGCACGUGCGACUCUUUUCUUUAUUUUCGAUGUGAUUCGUCACAAGUUACAUUUACAUCACUGCAGCCUAACUCAUUUUGUUUCCUCACUCGUUAAUGACAACACCUUUCCGGAAGUAUUGUCGACUCACAACUACAUGAAUUUGUUAGAUAGCAGUUUAUCGAAAACCGAUCAAGCCCAGUACGCCUUCUUUUGGCGAGUCCUCAUCGAAUAUUGCUGUGAGCGAGCCGAGUCAGAAUGUGAACGUUUGGAAUGUAUCCAUAUGCUUGCGCCACCGCUCUCUUCAAUGUGUGAUCUGAUCUUAGAACUGGAACAUUCUUCGAAGAAGGAUUCCGUCGACUCAGAUGAAACAGAAUCAUCUGUCCCUGCCUGUGACAUACAUCAGGUGAAUCUUUUUUCGACAACUGACUUCCUUAAUCGUAUCUAA